UCAGCGCCGCAGCUUCAGGAGCUUUCUGCCCUCCUCUAUCCAUUUUUUCUCAAAAUUGGCCAAAAUCAUUUUGGUUCAAAUGACUGCUGCCUCAGCCUGACUUGAUGUUAAGUUAUAGUCCAUGACCGAUAAGGCGAUUAAUAAAAGAUCACAUUUAACAUCAUAUAUUAGCGUAAAUAUCGUAAAAAUUCCUUACAAAUAUUUCUAAAUUAGCACCACAAAACCUGUGAUGUUGAUUGCAGAGAACCACAAAAACAAUCCUGGACUGAUUAGUGUGAAAAGAUGUUCAAUAUUAUGUUAUUUUAGGAACACUUAUUGAAUGCUGAAACACCUAUAUAUUGAUAUUUUAACAAUUAAAUUGGUUUUUAUCAAUACGAUCCGGCCCUUUAUGAACAUUCAGGUUUUUGAUCUCCCCCAAAAUGUAAAUGAGUUUGAUGCCCUGAUAUCUGGGAUAAAACGAGUGACUCAUGGACUAUUUUGAAUGUAAACAAGAAUAAACAGUAAGAUAUUUGGUUUGUGGAAGACUCUGUGAUGUAGCUGUCACAGUCUGUGAUGUCAUCAACUGCAGAAUUGUAUGUAACACAAUCUGCAUAUUUUUCAUUGCUUGCAAUAACACUGACCAGUUCAGACGUGUGCAAAGUUCUUUCAACUAGUUUACCGAUCGACGAUUGUAGUGAUUGUAUUAAGGAGAAAAUGUCUCAUCAUACGCCGAGAAAGCAGAGCAGAGCGAUGGGAUCCCACGGGAGAAGGGGAGGCCAGCAAAACCCCCAAGGCAGGUUCCCUCCUGCAAACCCCAAUGUCUUACACGGGGAAGUCCAGAGACUGAGCCACCUUCUGGAAAUGGAGAGCGCCAGAAGGUCUGACAACAACCAGAAACUGACCCACCUGGAGACCGAGCUGGAAGAAAUGAAACUCCAGAUAAAAAAGCAGAAAGCGCUCAAAGAAACAUUUAUCAACCAGACCAAAGAGGCAAACAGGAAACUUGAGAGAGUAGAGGAGUUCAACGAUCCAGCAGUCCUUAAAGCUGGAAUCAUCGCUUUCAAGGUUCAGAACGAUGUGAAAUACAUGAAGAGAAAGUCCUUGGAGAAAGACUUUGAGGAGUUGAAGGUGGCCCACCAGCUCAGCCAGGAAGCUUUUGCAGCUGAUAUACAGGCUGAGAGAAAGAAAAAUCAGGCCCUCCAAGAAGAGCUGAACCAACUCCAGACUUCCUACAAGGAGCUGCGCUCCAAGUAUGAAGGAGACGAUGCUCUGCUGAGACAGGAGGCUGAGACACAAGAGUUUCAGGAAGCGAGGCUUAAUGAGGAACAACAGCUCCUGGAGAACCCGAGAGCUGAAAAGGAUGAAAUGUCCCAAAAGAUCGCGUUCCUGCAAGAGAGUGAGAAACGUUUGCAGGAAGAAUUGACUCAGCUCAGACGUUCAUAUGAUGAACUGAACUUUAAAUAUGAAAGCAACGUUUCUGUACUCAAGCAAGAUGUGGAAAGAUAUCAAGAGGUGAAACAUGAGAAAGACACCGACAUUGAAAGAGAGAACGAGAAUCUGCAGCUCAUCAAAAAGCUGAGAGCUGAGAAGGAGGAGCUCUCCCAAAAAAUGUCUAGAGACAUCAGAUUUCUGCAAAAGAGGGAGAAGCAGAUGCUCCACGAACUGGAUCAGGUUCACAUUUCAUACGAGGAGCUUAAAUGUAGAUAUGAAAGAGACAUCAUGGAUAUACAGCAACAAGUUGAGACAUACGAGCAGAAGAUAAAACAGGAGGAAACGGCUCUUUCAAACAGAGAAAAGAACGAGAAGCUUGUCCAUCAAAGAAAACAUUCUGCACUGCAACAACAAGUUGAAAAACUUCAGCAGCAGAUAAAGGAGGAAAGAAAAGCUCACCUGGAGGAAACAGAAGAGGACAAGGUGCUUCUGGACAAGCUGAGAGCUGAGAAGGAGGAGCUCUUCCAACAAAUGUCAGGGGAAAUUACAAUUCGGCAAAAGAGGGAGAAGCAGAUGCUCCAUGAACAGGAUCAGGUUAACGUUUCACACCAGGAGCUAAAAUGUAGAUUUGAAACAGAAAUCAUGAAUUUACAACAGGAUGUUGAAAGAUACCAGCAGCAGAUAAAGGAGGAGAAAAAAGCUCACCUGGAGAAAACAGAGGAGGACCUGGCGCUUCUCGGCAGCAUGAAAGCUGAGUAUGACGUCCUCCAGGAAAACUCAACAACAGAGAUUAAAUUCCUGCAAGAGAAGGAAAGAAGUGCCCAGGCUGAGCUGGAGAAGCUAAACGGUUUGUACAUGGAGCUACAAUGUCGCUAUGAAACCGAAGUCAAUGCAAUUAGACAACAAGCAGACAAAUACCAGCAGGAGAUCAGCUGUGAGAAAAAUGAUCUGGAAAGAGCAGGAGAGAAUUUGCUGCUGCCCGACACUUUGAGAGCAGAGAAAGAAGAUUUCCAACUAAAAACAGUUUCCCAAGAGAAGGAGGAACAUUCUCAGAACCAAGACGAGUUGGUUAAAGUCUCAAGUCAAGAGGUUUCAUCAGAGGAGGAAAUCUCAGGAGAACUUUUAUCAGGUUGCUCCACGGAUCCCAAAUCCUCAGCAGAGACCAAGAUCACCGGAGAAACCAUCCUGGAGGAUUUGGAGAAUCCAGAUGUUAAAACCAUGCAGGAUGGUUCCUCCUCCUUUUUCGGGCUGAGUUACUCCCAUCGGCCAGCAACAGGAACCUUAGAGAAGGACAGGGUUGUUACGCCGGAACAAUCAGGCCGGGUACCAGAACAGACAGGCGAUAACAGGAAAUAA